AUGACUGAUUCCAAGUCAGGAUACAAACUUUUGACUCCUCCUGAGUAUGCUGAAGCUGUCAAGGAGCCAGUCCCUCCUUAUGAAGAAACCGACCUUGAAGCUUACGAGGAGGAAGAAGAAGAAGAACCCCAACACCCUUUCCAAACUGGACUUUUUGAUUGUUUUGGUAGCCCUCUUAUGUGCUUGAACACUUUUUUCUGCACCCCUUGUGUUUUUGGCUCGACAUCGCGCUUGCUGAAUGAAGACCCUACUGAUGCUCAGGCUGACAGAAGAUACACUAACUGGUUCCAUAUUGAUACUCCUUUCUACGGUCUUCUCUCUCAAAUUUCGGGACAAUUUAUUCUUGGCGCCACCCGCAGAACAGCUCUUCGUGAACAGCUCAACAUUGAAGGUUCUGUCCUUAAGGACUGGGCUGCCCAUUUCUUUGUUGGUACUUGUGCUGUCGCUCAAGAGAGCAUGGAGGUUUCUCGUUACAGAGCCCAGGCUCAGGCUAGAGAAAGAGAACAGCAGGAGCUUACUCCUGAAGACUUUCACGAGGGACAAGCUGUGCUUGCUCAGGAAAUGGAGAAGUGCUAA